UUCUAAUAGUUUGUAGUAUACUUAAUUUGUCUUUUAGGUGCACGUGGAGCUUCUAUAUUGUCCUUAUGGCAUGGAAAAUGGUUUCGUUAAUCCUUUUGCCUCUACAUACUCAAUGACAUCCUUAGAGAAGGCUCUUAAAGGGGGGGAUGGAACUGAGGUUGCUGACAGUGGGACAGCAGCCACACGGAAGAAAAGGGAUGUGAUAGUGAGAGGAGUGUUUUCUGUGACGGUUAUAUCUGCUGAAGACUUGCCGAUCGUGGAUUUGAUGGGAAAGGCUGAUCCGUAUGUUGUACUCUACAUGAAGAAAACAGGAAACAAAAACAAAACUAGGGUUGUGAAUGACAGCCUCAAUCCAGUUUGGAACCAGACAUUUGACUUCGUUGUGGAGGAUGGUUUACAUGAUAUGCUAAUUCUGGAAGUUUGGGACCAUGACACCUUUGGGAAGGAUUACAUGGGGAGAUGCAUUUUGACACUCACUAAGGUUAUACUAGAAGGGGAAUACAACGACACCAUUCCCCUGGAUGGGUCAAAAUCAGGAAAGCUGAGUUUACAUCUCAAGUGGAUGCCGCAACCAAUAUACCGGGAUGCUUGAUGGAUGAAAAAUCUCACACAGAUUCCUUUCACCUAGAAGAUAUUGCAUUCUCUCCU